ACACAAUUUUUACACAUAAUAAAUUUAAAAUGUCUCCAGUUGGUUUUGAUAGUGUUUACUAAAUUAUUUUCGUUGUUUAAAUUAUUAAAACUAGUGUGUAUAAGCAAAGAAAAUAUGACAAACUCUGAAGUGAUUUUAGAUAACCUGAGUGAAAAAGAUGAUCGAAAUCCAGCAUUUAUUGACUUCGAUAAGCAAAGUGAAUGGAAAAAUUGUACUUUCGAUUUCUCCAAUGAGUAUGAACAGCAUUUCUCAUUGAGAGACGAAGAAGAAACAGAAAAUGUCGAAAUAGAUGAACAAGACGAUACUGACGAAAGAUCGAGUGUUACAAUUGUAACACCUGAAGAAAUAGAAAUUGAAAUCUCAGAUAAAUCAGAAGAAAGUUCCAUUCAUUUCUGCUUUCGAGAAAUUGAUAUAAGUGAUUCUCAAUUAAAAAUACGAAAUGUUUACAAUUUAUAUUCGGUUCCAAAUGAUCCAGGCAUUGUAGAUGCAUUUUGGAGUGCUCAUUCCCAAUCCAAAGUUUAUUCAGAAGAUUUCCAAAAAUUCAACGAUAUAGCUAAAGUUAUGAAACUAAGGCCGAUCAGUUGCUUAAAAGAUAUGUUCCGAACAACUGAAAUUAAUUUGGGAUAUUAUGGUUUUGAUCCAAGAAUUUUCAAGGCAAUUUGCCAUGUUCUUGUUGAAAAUAAUACGGUCGAAAUACUAGAGUUAAGGGAUAAUUUCUUAUCACUUGAUGCCUGUUAUCACUUAAAUGAACUCCUCCUGAAAAAUACUAUCCUGACCUCUAUUAUUCUUUCUGGAUGUCGAAUCGGAGCUCAAGGAGCAAAAUUAAUUGAAGAAGGCCUAAGUUCUGCACCCGUUCUUCAGAAUCUAAACUUAAGUCACUGUGAACUCGGCAACGAGGGUUUUUAUCAUAUUUCCACUGGAGUUUAUCUUAGCGAAGUUCUUAAAACCCUCGAUCUGAGUGAUAAUCAUCUUAGCAAAGGAUCCGCAAAAAGUCUCGGGACAAUGAUUUUAAAAUCAGAAACUCUCGCGGAAAUUAAUUUAUCCUGGAAUUCGCUGAAUGACGAGGAAAGCUGUAAUCAUAUUUUUAGUGCCUUGAAGCACGGCCGAAAUCUUGAAAAAGUGAAUUUGUCAUGGAAUGCACUUGGAAGCGUAUGCACUUCAUAUCUUUGCAACUUCCUUUCAAAACCUUCCAAUAUAAAAACUUUGAAUCUUAAUGGAAACAGAUUCAAUGACAUCGACGCUCAGGAAAUAGCCAAAGUUCUCUCGAAAAAUUACAACUUGCAGGAAUUUCAUAUCGGUAAUAAUCCUCUGAAAGCCGCAGGAGCUUCCGAACUUAUUCAGUCCCUCACUUUCGGGAAGGCACCUGCAAGUAGAAUUUAUUUCUUGGACUUGGAAAACAUUUGGGUAAAAAAGAACGUUUUAGCAAUAUUGCAAAACAUUGAAAACACAAAACCCUGGUUAAAUAUCAAAUUAGGCGGAAUUCUUGGUAACUUUAAACUCGUCGGUCCAAAUGAAAAAAAAAUCUUUUUGAAACGAGCCAACUUCGAAGCGAUGAAUACCAAGAAAAAGAAGGAGAGAAAAGAAUUCGGGCAUUUUAUUCUCUCGUUAGAAAACGGUCUUAUUUCAACUGACAAAUUUGCAGAAUUGGUGAAAACUUUUAAAUUGAAACUGUCAGACACUUUGAUAAAAGCAAUCGCUAAAGCUUUUUCGAUAGGAAAGAACCUUGUCGAUCAGAGAGAACUGAAAGCCUUUUAUUUGAAGGAAUAUCCGGACACUCAAUUACCACCAGAAAAAGAGAAGAAAAUUAAGAAAGAUAAAAAAAAGGCAACAAAGAUAAGAAGAGAAAAAGAGACGAAAAAAACCUAAAACCAAAAACG